AUGUCACAAUUCGUCGGAAACUCAACAUUAGCGUUCGCAAGAACCUGGCACGCAGUCUCAGCAAAAGACCGUGUCCUUGGCCCCCUCGCUGUCAACAUCGCAAAACUUCUCAUGGGCAAGCACAAACCUAUCUAUGACCAAUCGAAGGAUCUCGGCGACUACGUGGUCGUCACAGACGCCAAGCAGGUUGUCGUUACUGGGCGCAAAGCAGACCAACGAGUCUACCGUCAUCACACAAUGUUCCCUGGUGGACUGAAAGAGAUCAAGUACAAGGAGAUGAUGGAGAAGAAACCUGAAGAGAUUAUCAGAAAGGCAGUAAGCGGAAUGUUGCCAAAGAACACGUUGAGGGAUAGGAGGUUGGAGAGAUUGAAGAUUUUUGAUGGUGAAGAUCAUCCUUAUGCGCAGAAUGUUAUCAAGAGGUAUGAUGCACCGGCGGCGGGGACGAAGGUUGAUGCUAGUCAGCCUGCGCCGAAGGCAUGA